AUGAGAGUGCUCAAGACCCUGUGGUCGGCAUUCCUUCUGGCGUCCUGCCUUGCGCUCAACACCACAGAGCCAAGGCAUACAAAUAACUGGGCUGUUUUGGUGUCAACUUCAAGGUUCUGGUUUAACUACAGGCAUAUGGCGAAUGUGCUGAGUAUGUACAGAACGGUAAAGAGACUGGGCAUUCCAGACUCCCAGAUUAUCUUGAUGCUUUCGGAUGACAUAGCCUGCAACCCGAGAAAUGCGUUCCCUGGAUUUGUCUUCAAUAACGCCGACAGACAGCUUGAGUUGUACGGAGAUAACAUCGAAGUCGAUUACCGUGGAUAUGAAGUGACGGUCGAAAACUUUAUUCGUCUUUUGACAGACAGGUGGCCCGACGAGCAGCCCAAGUCGAAAAGACUGCUUACCGAUGAACAUUCCAAUAUUUUUAUCUACAUGACCGGCCACGGUGGAGAUGAGUUCUUGAAGUUUCAAGACGCGGAGGAGAUCUCUUCGUAUGACAUAGCAGACGCUUUUGAAGAGAUGCACGAGAAGAAGCGCUACAACGAAAUUUUCUUCAUGAUUGAUACUUGCCAGGCUAAUACCAUGUACAGCAAGUUUUACUCGCCAAACAUUCUGGCUGUUGGGUCAUCCGAUUUACACGAGAGCUCAUAUUCUCACCAUUCAGAUACAGAGAUAGGGGUGGCUGUCAUUGAUCGCUUCACAUAUUACAACUUGGAGUUUUUGGAAAGCCUGGAAAAAGACAGUAAGUUGACAUUACAGGACCUGGUGGACUCGUACACUUUCGAGAAGAUUCACUCCAACGCGGGUGUUCGCACAGAUCUGUUCCAAAGAAAUUUGUCUGAUGUGCUGAUCACAGACUUCUUCGGCAACGUCCAGCAGACCGUUGUUGACAACGUUGAGGAUGAUUUGCUGUAUCUGACGAAUCACGAUCAACAAGGCUUCUUGAAAAACUUAUCCGCACCCAGAAUCUCAGAGGUCGAGAAGCAAAGAAAAUCAGGCUUUUUCAAUCAGAAAAAGAAUAUGAUCACUCUCGGAGCGUGCGAGAGCAAGCAGAUGUCGUCUACAAAACUGAUCACUAUCGGAACGGUCAUCGCCGCCUUUUUCUUCUUUGCCAACUACUUCAAAAUUUAA